CUUCGACAUACCCAUCGCCUCUCUUCUUGCGAAGAUCAUGUCGACUACAGCUCCCUCCUGAGCAGAGCGACAGGAUGCCUCGGACUCUCCCGUGGCUGAAUAAUGGAGCGACUAUCAAGCGCGAGCCGAAGGUCUCGACACCGCGACGGGAUGUGAAGCCGGAGACGACAAAAGAUCCGAAGAGUGAGAGCGAUGUGACGCCCAAGGCAGAGACCCCGCGGUCUCGGACGAAGAAGAGGGAUUUUUUUAGAUCGUCUCCCACGCCGCCGUCUUCUCCGAUUCAUCGCUGUCCGUCUGAAGAGUAUCUACGGGAAGGAUUCGACCAUGACGAUAUAUACAUGAUGGUGGAGGACGAAUUCUACGCGGUCGCGCAAACGUUCACCCAACAUCUUCACUACGCGGAAUAUCUACGACGGAAGAAAGAAGCGAAGUUACAGAAUGCGACGGCGAUUCAGAGUAUUGCUCGACCGACCGAUGGCGUCACGCCCACGAGUGACGAGGCGAGGAAGAAGGCUGCAGCGGCGGAGCUGGCGGCGCAGCAGAAAGCCGGGCUGCAGAAACUUGGCAACCGACCGGCGGUGGAUUCGGAAGAGGAGACGGAGGAGGAACAGGAGGAAGAUCGUAUCUGGGCGGGUACGUCACUGCAUGAUCUCAUGAUCAGCCCGCGAAAGGCGCGGUCCUUGGUCGGCAUGCAGGGUAUCAAGUCGUCGACGCGGGCGGCCGCUGGGCUGCAGGCUCCUGGGACCAGCCGGGGGAGCGGAUAUGGUGUUACAGAUGGGGCGGCAAGGGAGGUCGAGGAAGAUCUACUGGGUGAAACAACCGGGGAAGACGACGAUCUGGACGCACGGACAAGGACGCCCACACGGCCGUCUCGGACGCAACCGCGCUCUACAUCUAGCUUGCGAAGCAGUUCGCUGCAUCGCGCUACAGGGGACGGUGGGAUGAGAAGCGUGCAGUCUAUGAGUGGUAGAUACAGUACACCAACCGCGACCAAAUCUAAGAAGAGAUUAUUACUCGAUGACUUUGAUGGACUGCCAGAGCCGCAUCAGUCACCGAUUGAGCUGCAGGGCCAGGAAUCCUCCCCGUCGGUAGGCGGACGUGGGCCAAAUCCACGCGGCGUGGACCCGAAGACCAAGAAGUCGCGUCUGAACGAAGUUCCAACGUUCUUGUUUUGA